GUGAAACAAGACACCAAGAUAUCAAAAGGAAAAAUCCCCCCUCCCCAUAUCGAAAAGGAACGCCUCAGAGAAUUUGCGAUGCUGAUUUGUGACCACAAAUCGUGUUUGUCUUGCAAGAAAGCAACGACACGGGCCCCGCCCCAUUAUGCAGGCGGUUGGUAAUGCUGCUGGUCCUACAGCAAAGACGUUCCUCGUGCUAAGUGCCUAGGCCAAAACCUCUCUACAUUGGCAUGAUAUGGGCCUGCAGUCCUCUACUGCAAGACAAAUCUGAUUUGUGUACGCAAAUCCAGCGCCACAGAUUUCGUUUUCGAUAUGGGGAGGGGGCAUUUUUCCUUUUGAUACAAGACGAUCCACGAAUGGAACGCCCAAUACGGGCGGUACGGCGCCGUUUCCACUUGGGUGAUAUCUUACGUCGGGGGUCGUGACGCGUCGUGGGCGGACCGCUGGUUUUACAUCGGACGGCAGCAGGAUGGCCAGUGGUCGCACUUCACGCGCGUGCUCCCGGAACCAC